AUGGCAAAGAGAAAUACAGUGAUUGGGACGCCAUUUUGGAUGGCACCAGAAGUAAUCCAGGAAAUUGGUUAUGAUACAAAAGCGGAUAUUUGGUCACUGGGUAUAACAACCAUGGAAAUGGCCGAAGGUCGCCCACCUCAUGCUGAUAUUCAUCCAAUGAGAGCGAUAUUUAUGAUCCCAACGAAGCCACCACCGACGCUGAAAUCUGAAGCGGACUGGUCGCACGAUUUUGUUAAUUUUAUUGCUCAAUGUUUGGUGAAGAAUCCAGACGAACGGAAAUGUGCCAAAGAUUUGUUAGAGGUGAUUUUUUCUUUUAAUUUUGCUUUAAAAUUAGGAAUGAAAUAA